AUGGGUAGAUUUGCAUCUGCUGAGGCGCUGGAUUGCAUGCUCGCAUAUUAUAAGGUUGCUUUAAAACGUUUUAUUGAUGACAUUGCAGUCGAGGCAAUUGAAAGCAAGCUUGUCAUGCCGCUGUCAGACAUGUUAUCUCCCGUCACAGUAUUCGAAAUGACACCAGAGAUGGUGAACUGCAUUGCUGGAGAAACCAAGGAAUAUCGAAGUUUGCAGAACAGCUGA